AUGCGUCGAGGCGUCCUGAUCUUCAUCCUCGUCAAUGUCCUCAUUAUCGCCUUUCUCGUCCGAAGUGUCUUUACUCUCUUGACGCUGUUGCUCGAGGAUGCGUCCGCCGAUGCUAUUCACCGUUCGGACAUUCCGUCGCCGAACUCCAGCUUGAUCGAGUCGCGACCUCAAAUCAUCCCCAAGAUUAUUCACCAGACCUACAAGAACGAGUCGAUCCCCGAACACUGGAAAGGACCCCAGCAGAGUUGUAUCGAUCUUCAUCCUGAUUACGAGUACAAGCUAUGGACGAACGAGAAAGCUAGAGAAUUCAUCGCGCAAGAGUAUCCCUGGUUUCUGGAUACCUACGACGGUUACCUCUACCCGAUUCAGCGUGCGGAUUCGAUCCGAUACUUUGUGUUGGCCCACUACGGUGGAACAUACAUUGACUUGGAUGAUGGCUGCAAUCGCCGACUCGACCCUCUUCUUGCCUACCCAGCCUGGGUUCGUCGGACGGUGCCGACGGGGAUUUCAAACGAUGCAAUGGGCGCAGUGCCCCAGCAUCCUUUCUUUCUCCGGGUGAUCGAAUCGCUGCAGUCUUAUGACAGAAACUGGCUGUUGCCAUACAUUACGGUUAUGUACUCGACGGGUCCACUCUUCUUGUCUGUAAUUUGGAAGGAGUACAUGCGCGGGGGGCCGGGCGACGCUGGCCGGGUCCGGGUCCUCAUGCAAGACGAAUACAAUCGGUUUUCCUGGAGCUUCUUUACCCAUCACACGGGCAACAGCUGGCAUGGCAAGGAUGCCCAGCUGAUCUUUUGGAUGGGGAGUCAUUGGAUGCUGCUCACUGUGCUUGGAUUUAUUCUUGCCGGUGUUGUUGGAAUCUGCAUGUGGUGGGUGUACGGCCGGAUCCUCCUUCUGGGGCAAUACCGCUAUCGCUACACAAGACUCUCUCCCUUGGUUUCGCCUUCUGGGUUCUCGCCGCCUUCAAAGCGAGGAGCGUUGCGCAUCGUGCCGACUUUUAUCCGUCGCAUAAGCUCGAAACUGGGAGAUGAGGAGAACGGCCGCGUGGUGGAAUCCUACUUUGAAUUGCCGAGCCGGCGGGACUAG